CUAUUCACGCAGGAGCAUAGAGGCGGCAGCAGCGAGCAGUGCGUAUGAGCUGCGCUGCGCGCUCGUAAAUUCGGAUCGGUCGGGUCCAAAACUAACCAACGAGAUAUCGAAUACUGCUCUUCUUCGGUGUGUCACAAACACACGAGCACGAAACACGGAAGGACAGAGUAGUGCGAAAAAUCAGUGUUUACUCGGUGUUAUGUAUGACAAUUAUCGUGACGCGUUUAUCGAAUAUUCUUUUGACCGUGACAAUAAAUACGCGUUUUGUCAGACCGUGUAUAGUUUUUCAUAAUGUGAUGGAUCGGGCACGUAUGAAAUAAUGCCAAUCCCUCAAGAAAUCACUCUCCCCGGAGGACUUUAGUGCCGUUUUUUUUUGUUAUUUGGAAGGAUAAUGGGGAAACAUAACGGUGGUUCGUGCUGGUGGUGCGUCAAGGUUUUUAAGUGGGUUCCCGUUAUUUUUAUCUUGACCAUCGUCUUCUGGUCCUAUUACGCCUACGUCGUACAGCUAUGUUAUUAUACUGUCGACAGUUACGUACAAAAAGCUUUUUAUCUUUUCUUCUUCCACAUACUUUUCCUACAAUUUCUGUGGUCUUACUGGCAGACUGUAUUUACAGAACUCGUCGCUAUUCCGGACAUGUUCAAAGUACCUGUGGCAGAGAUGGAAAAAUUGCACCAGGCUGAGACGGAAGAAGCUCAACGUCAAAUCCUUGACAGGUUCGCACAGGACCUUCCUAUUACAAAUCGCACUAUUAAAGGAGGAAUCCGGUUUUGUGAGAAAUGUCAACUGGUAAAACCAGAUCGAGCGCAUCAUUGCAGCGUUUGUCAGACGUGUGUAUUGAAAAUGGACCAUCAUUGUCCAUGGGUUAACAAUUGCGUCGGUUUUCACAAUUACAAAUUCUUCAUGUUGUUCCUGGCGUACGCUCUCCUUUAUUGCAUGUUCAUAGCAGCUACUUCAUUGCAAUAUUUCAUACAAUUUUGGAAGAUUUACGCAUUCCAGGGCGAGCUCAAAGACAUGGGAAAGUUUCAUCUUCUGUUUCUAUUCUUUGUUGCGCUCAUGUUUGCAGUCAGUCUCAACUCUCUCUUCUUCUAUCAUUGCUACCUCAUUGUGCACAACAGAUCGACACUCGAAGCCUUCAGACCGCCCACAUUUAGAAUGGGCAAGGAUAAGGACGGUUUCAGUCUCGGAAAAUACAAUAAUUUCCAAGAAGUUUUUGGCGAUAAUGCACGAUUGUGGUUCCUUCCAGUCUUCACUAGUCUCGGGAAUGGAGUGGUCUAUCCUGUACGAUCGCAGCACCAGGCUGGCUCCAAUACUUACAACUCGAUGGGCAGUACGCAAAACAGGUACACCAUCGAUCAAAUGAGCAUGGUACAGGAAGCUACGAUUUUGGCUCUCGGUGCUGGCACCGCUGUCGUAGGGCCUACAAUAGAUGCUAACGAGCCUCUGGUGGAUCCGACGCAAGCUGUCUGACAUCAAUCAACAUCCUAGCCCUUAAUUAACUCCAUACUUUGAGCGAGCGUUAUAAAUAUUUAUUGUUUAUCAAAGAUCAUAAAAGAUGAAUGGAAAAAGAAAAUUUUCCGUUUUCUUGUUCAUCUUUGUGCCUGAAGUAACAUCCGUCAGUCGAGGAUUAAUCGAUCUCUGAGAAAAAAAAGAUAUUUUAUAGCCACUAUUCUUAAAUGCGAUCUUGAGCCAAAUUUUUGGUUUUUCGUUUUGAAAGGAAACACAAAUUCAAAUAAUUCGCCUUUGCGCUCAAUGAUUCGCCUCUUUUACUGCCAAGCUCAAAGAAAAAUGAACAAAUCGGCCCAAGUGACGUAUCGAAAAGGGGCAAAACUGUCCGAAAUAAUCGUUUUUCUGGUUGAAAAAAAAAUCAUGUUACUGUUGAUCGUUUCAAACUGUGGAAUUACAUUGAGAUAAUGAAGUUUGAAAUUCUCGUUGAAAAAUCCACCGAGAGAAAAAUAAUUUUGCACAUAUUUGCCUGAGGAUCUCUCGUACGAUGAUUUUUUCUUUUUUAUAGAAAUAGAGGCACACGUACAACUUACGCGGUUGUAAACAUAACCUAUCGUUACGCGAAUAACGACUGAAUGAAGAAAAGUGGUUGAAAUUGCAUUUGUUUUUUUUAUAUCGAAAAUAGGGAGCUUUUGCAUCAUCUGCACCGAAAAAAUUCGGAUCUCUAAUGACUCUCAAAAGCAAAGAAACAAAUGUCACGCACCAAUUUUUUUUAACGCGAUCAAUUUGCUACGGAAAUAUCCGUAAAUGUGUGGCAUAUUUCAAAGAAUUCCUAGCUUGCGUAUCAAAGUGUGCAUUUUUUAAAUACGUGCGAACGAAAACAAGCCCUAACACUAAAAAACAACAGAGAAAAAAUACUAAAAGCAAAAAAAUUGUAUUACUACGGUUUUUGUAGGGAAAAUUUCCCAACUUUUGUGCAUAUGGAAAAAGGAAAAUGUGUUUUUGUAGAUUAUUCCAUAGGAAUAAUACGUGUCCGAUGUUUGCAACAAAAAAACACUAAAAUUGUGCGAGAUUCAGAGAGUAUGAGAGUGAGUUGGAUGGUUCAGCAAAAAAAAAUAACAAAACAAAGAACAAUACUGAAAUAUAUAUUUAAUUACAGUUCAUCUGUAUGAUAUCAGAACAAUAAAACGUACGAGUAAGAAAAUUA